GUGCAAUGGACAACUUCCAGUACAGUGUCCAGCUCAGUGAUCGAGAGUGGGCCGAGUUCUCAGCCACUGCUGAUGAGUGUGGCCUCUUGCAGGCUGGCCUGGCCUCUGGUGACGAGCUCUUGUCCAGUGACAUUGACCAAGGGGACAGCAGUGGAAGCAGCCCUCCCAGGCCCCCACCCCUCUUCACUGGGCAGCUGGCUCCCCAAGGGAGGGAACAACAGGGCUGUGAGUUGGAGGACGUGGCUGCUCAGCAGCUGAUCAGCAGGUCUCAGUGUGAGCCUGUCCUGGCUCUGGAGGCCAGUCAUCAGGCACCUAGCACGUCCACACAGUCAGAAGCUCUACUGUUUCCCAGCUCAGAUAGUGUCUGUUCUGGCCAGGCCUUGUCCUUCCCUGGGUCAUCAACUUUCAGAGACAAGAUGCAAAGGCUUUUGCAGGGCCCUGCCCCUGGCUCUCCUGGUAAGCCCCCUCAUGGUACUGAGUCCUCUGACCACAGUGCCAUUCCUCAGAGUCCCCCUGAUAGCCUAGAAGCUCCAUUGCGAAAUCCUGGUCGUAAGAAGAGGCGCGCUGUGGGUGCCAAGGGGACCAAGUGCUCUGGAUCUCUGGGCUCUGCUACUGUCCACAUGAGCUCCCCACAGCUUACAGAGACAAGGCCCAAGGAGGUUCUUAUGUCUGAGACACUAAGGGCAAAAACCCAGCAGGAUAAGCCACAGUCAGACUCUACAGUUACUCCUGAACAUGGCUCUAGUAUCCCUGAACAGAUGGCCAGACAAGAAUCAGGCUUGGAUCCUUCCACACCUGUUCUAAAAACUGACCAAGAUACAGACCAGAUCAGAAAGACACCCAGAGCUGUGCUACACAUGGUAUCAAAACCUGUCCAGGAAGCUCAUCCAGGUAUCUCCAAUGCCACACCAAAUGUGUCUAAACCUGUCUCCAAGCCUCAAUCUGACAUAGCUUUGUCUACAUAUGCCUCCGUGCCUAACACAACUUUGUCCACACUUGCCUUCAAAUGUCAACCCAAUUCAAAUCAGUCUACACCUGCCUCUGAGCCUGACAUGGCUUUGUCUACAUCUGCCUCUGUGUCUCAUCUGGACAAGGCUGAGUUUGCAUCUGCUUGCAUACCUGGACUGCAUGUGGACCGAUCUGCAGCAGGCUCAGAGAUCAAGCCAGAAGUUUAUCCCUCUAUGCCUGCCUCAGGAGUUGUACUUUGUACAGAUCUGCCUCAUUCUGUUUCAAAGAUUGAGUCUGAAGAGAGUGUGUCUAUACCUAUUAUGCCUUCUUUAUCCUCUAUUUCCCAGGCUGAAGCUGCCAUGGUGGAUACAGAUGUAACUGUGCUUCCAGGGGGAUACUUUGAGAAGCCAGUAGGGCAGCCCUUACAAGGGGCCUCAGGAUACUCCUCAAGUGAGCCCUGCCCAGGUCCUGUCCAAGUCCCCAAGAAGAAGAAAGUACGAUUUUCCAUGGCUGUACCCAGUCAUGAAGAAUCAGGGUCAGGCAAGCCUAUAGGCCCACCCUUCCUAACCCCAGAGUGGCCUCCAGCUGCCAGGACAGCAGCAGGGAGCCGUGGAGGAUCUGCUGCUUGGGAUGCUGUGGCGGUCGGGCCCCGACUUCCCCAACCUCGGAUUCUCAAGCACCUGCCUCCCCCUAUAUCCUCUGUCUCAGCAGAGCCUGAGCCUGGAAGCUGCUUUGCAGUGACUCUCCCUGAGGCCUAUGAGUUCUUCUUUUGUGAUACCAUUGAGGAGGAAGACGAAGAUAUAGAGGAUGAGAAGGCAGCCAUCCAAGACCUGGAUGAAGUCCAAUGGCCUGACACAUGCGAGUUUUUUUUUCCGGACAGUAGAGCCCAAAGGUCAAAUUGUCAGAGGGGAUACACCCCAGUCCCAUCCCCAAGAGCGGAGUCUGUGGCACCUGUUCCCCCUGGAGAUGUGGUGCCUAUCUCCAUCCCUGAGGUCUAUGAACACUUCUUUACUGAGGAAGGAUUUGGGAACAAACUGCCACCAGCCACUCAUAUUCAACUGCAGACCUCAGAGCUUUCCAGGGAAGUAGGAUCUGAGGCAUCCUCCAAGCUUGUUCCAGUUACAGCAGAACAUCUUAGCUUGACAGUCAGGGAGGCAGGGGAACUACAGAGUCCUCUUCCUUCAUUUACAUUCAGCCAGAAUGACAUGUGCCUGGUGUUUGUUGCCUUUGCCACUUGGGCUGUGAGAACCUCAGACCUACAUGCUCCAGAUGCUUGGAAAACAGUCUUGCUGGCCAACAUUGGCACCAUCUCUGCUAUCCGUUACUUCCGCCGUCAGGUUGGGAGAGGGCAUAACGGCAGACCAAGACCCAACUCCAACUCCAACCCCAGCUGCUAGAAGCCAGGCUGGCCUGGUAAAGCAUGGAGCAUGUGGAUGAUUCUAGGACAAAGACAAGAUGUUGCUCUUCUCUCUACCCUUUGAUAC